UUUCCUUCAAAAAAAAAUCCCCAAAAUGGCAGUCAGUACACGCAUGCGCAGUAUAGAAUACGAAAAACGAAGCACUUGUUUUUUCGUUUGUGUGUUUUUAACCAAAAGAUCUACCGACAAGAAACUACCAGUAUGAAGUGGCAAUGUUAAAAAAAAAAAUCUGAAUUUUUCCAAGGAAAGUAACGUUUUCCACAGUUAGCGUUCUCCUUUAGAAAAAUAUGGCAAGUCUGUGCAUUAUCUUAUAAAACAUAGCAAAUCGUUACUGGUUGUGUGUUUUUCUGACCUUUUUAGUUUACAAUAUCAUAACUACGCUAUCGCUGCAAUUCUUUUUGUCGCAAUCUGGCUGUUUGCAUUGGUUUCAAAAGUGUUUUGUCUCCAGGUAGUCAAAGGACUCACUCUCUGGAGCAAGCUUAGCCUACACCCUGAGAAAUGCACCUUCCAAUUUUGGCCACUUUAGUGUGCCUUGUGGCUCGCUGCGAGUGUGUGCCCAUCACGGAGAAAAGGCAAAAGAGUGAGGGGGGGAAAAGCAGUAUUCGGGCACUUCCCACCACUGUUUGCCGCUGGACUUGUGUGACGUUCCAAUGGCCGACCGGUUGAGCUGACGUCACUGACUGUAAGUAAACACACACAAGGCGACCGUCCAGGAACUCUUUGCGGCGGCCCGUGACGCCAACAUGGUCCCGAACAUCUCCCUGGACCCGGUCCUCAACUCUUUCCUGUCUCUGGACUCGUCGGCCGCGCUGCAGCACCAGUACUCCUCGCUGCAGAAGAGCCUGAGCGAGGAGCAGCAGGCGGCGUUGGGCCUCCAUCUUAACCAAGAGCUGGGAGGCGCCAGGGUCACGCACGGGGGCGUCGGUGUGGUCGCACUGGCUUUGUCAUUGCUGUUGGACCACGUUGCCCAACAGGUGAGGGGCAACAGUUCAGGACAAGCUGGCCAAUGGUCUCUGACAAAACCGCCCAAAAAGAUUUUUGGCCUCGCAAUCUCUUCACGAAUCGGCAGUAUUGCGCACAACUACCUGCGCUCGAUCCCGGGCCUGGCCAACGACCAGGACACGAUGGCCGAGACCACGGAGAUCUACGAUACCUGGCUGAAUUUGGAAAUGCUGGACCAUUACCAGAGGAUGACCAAGAAGAAGAGGAUGAGUUCAGUGUCCAUGCAGCAGUGGUUAACUGGAGCCGCGCUUCAUCUCCAUAUGAGGAUACACCAGGUUCGUCUUCAUUCUGUGCCAAUUGGGUCGGUGGAGUCUCUUCGGUUGUCCUACAAGACGGCGUUAAACCGCCUGGUGCAAGGUUACACCAUCUACCUCCACAGAAACAUUUGGGAGAGUGCAGCAUCUGCACCACAGCGUCGCAGUAACGGUACCUGCUCCAGUGGGUGGUGGCCCUUUAACGUCAGCCAGGCGGAGACGUUCAACGAGACGAGCUACGGUGGAGCUUGUGAAACUGAUGAAGUGGCUUCCAAAGAGGGCCUGCUGGUCAUUGAGCUGGGCAGAAAUGUCAGUCACAACGUGCUGCAUCACCCCUGCGAAUCUCCGGCCAUCCAGCGAGCUUUGGUGACGCGCAUCAUAAACGCACAAGACCUGGAGCACAGCAGAAGCUUUUUCUUGCUCUCCAAAAAAGUCUUACAGCAACUGCUCGCACAGGAGGAUGCUUUUGAGCUCAGUCCAGUCUAGAUGGGUAUGGAACUUUUUUUUUUUUUUAAUGUACUGUUUGGAAGACUGGCCACAGAGCCCAAUCACAAUAUUUUUUUUUGUGGCCAUCGUACAGUUAAUUCAAUUUAUAUAGUUCCCUUUUUGUAGGUUUUAUACAAUAAGAUAAAAGAGGCGAAGCUUGGCAACAAAGCAAUAGUCCUUUAAUAACAACAGCACAUAACUGAGUGUUCAAAAAAGGUUCAUCACAAUUAUAUAGAGUAAUAAUUGAAUAUUGUACAAAGCAAGUGUCAUAUGCAACAACUUGUGGUAUGUGAGCUCCCUUUAGUGUUUAGCAAAAGAAUCACCGCCCAAUUACAUUUUUGUGUCCUAUACAAGUUAAGUCAAUCCUUUAUUACACACAAAUAUAUAUUUAAGCCUAAUGUAAAUGUUCAUCAAACUCUGCAUGAUGUUACAGUGGCUUACAAUAGUACGAAAUAUACAUUUUAGUAAUAAAACUCGUUUUAGAUGAA